AAUGUCAUUUCAAUUAAAAAGUCUGGUCAUCAGCACUCUACGCUCUACACAUUAUCAAAAUACGGAUGAAACGCAACAACGGAACAUCAUCUUUUUUCAUACAUAUAUAUUAGCAAAAUUCUCGAUAAUGGUGUUCAUUAUUUGGUAGCAUUUUAACUUGUGUGGUUCGAUACUAGAAGUUACGCUUGCAUUAGGCGCAGUAGUUUUUAUUGCAGCGCAGAAUUUAAAUUUUCAAAAGAGGAACAUCAAGAUGAAUUCGGAUGCUGUAGACUUUCAUGAUGAUAAUGCCUUCUGCGAGAGAAUCGUCAGCGAAAUCUAUGCGGUUUUCCUCAAAGAUCCAGACUUAUCGGGAUUUGAAAUUAUUCCCAUGCCCUUAAAUAGAAAUAAAUCACCUGUAGUUCAUAUGGAGCACAAUCUAGGACUUCAGUCGUGGUGCGUUAAGUAUGUGUACGAGUAUUCCCAUCGUCUGAUACUGCAACAUAAAACCGAUUGUUCGAGGCUUCAAGGAGGGAAUUCUGCGCCUUGUGCAUCUCUGAACAAUGGAUCUGGUUUGCUGUUGACAUCUAGCAAUCCAAAUAAUAAUUCAAUCAUCAAGUACCUAAACUGUGCCAUUCUCAUCAAUCCAGAUGUGGCGACAUUCUGGAAUUUGCGCCGGCAGCUGUUUGCAAAAAAUAGGUUGGAAAUUACCAAAGAAUUUCAAUUUGCUACAGUUGUAUUGAGCAAGAAACCCAAAUCAAACGAAGCGUUCGCAUACAGACGUUGGUUGUAUUUAUUCCAGAGUUUUGACGCUAUCGAUUGGUCGUUUGAAAUAAGUCUAUGCGAAAAAUGCUCCGAUAAAAGUACCACAAAUUAUCACGCAUGGUGUCACAGGCAGUGGGUCAUAAUGAAAGCGCCUCAUCUAUUGAAAUUUGAAAUACUCAAAACUGAAAAAUUUAUCCGUAAGCACAUUCACGACUACAGCUGCUACAACCACCGUCAAUUUGUAUUGACGAAGAUGCUUGAGGGUACAUAUUUUGAUGAACAUGACGGAAGUGAUUUCACAGAGAUAAUGGAAUAUGUGGGAUCACUCAUGGGAAACACUAUCGAAAGUGUAGAUACAUUGCUUCGAUGCAUUACCCCAAGCGUGAGUAAAGAUCAAAUUCAUGAAGUUAAGUUGCGAUCUUUUCUGUUUUGCCUUAACGUUGCGGCGUACGAUUUAAGAUUUUGCGAUGAAUUAAAGUUGCUCUACGGCGAAUCACAGGCAUUCGAAAAUCAUCGUCGAUAUAUGGUGAAGUAUAUAGUAGAUGGAUGUCGUCAGGCUUCGUAUUUUCUUACAUCGAGUUCGGAGGGUCAAAUGUCAGUAUGUUGUCAACCGAUGAAUAAAAUGACAAAAUUGGAUAACCAAGACAGUGCUUUUCUGCAGGCUGUAAGAGAUAACGAGAAAAAGCGUGAUGCUCCUCAACAUAGGACGUGGUGCAAAUUGUUUUUGGGAUUUGAUAUUGAUUGAGUUUUUACGGUAUUUCGGUACAGUGUCGUUUUAGUUACAGCAUGCUGUGUUGAACCGUUCCUACUUUAUUUUUUUACCAAUUCGACCAAACAACUCAUCUUUACUAGCGUUACAUAGUGGAGGUCAAGUAACAGGUUUUACAUUUAUGUGUUAAUUUUAUUUGAUAAAAUUUUUACUUGUUAUAGUUGAAAUAACAUCUGACGUAUCUAUGUCAAAGUUAAAGUAGUUACGUAUUUUCUUUGGUUAGCAAGUAUUACGUUGUUGUGAGAUGAAUUUUCUCAGCUGUAACUUAAAAAUAACUAAACCAGCCACAGAUGAAGUCAUUAUAUUAAUGAUAGUUAUUUUGCUAAUAUUUUCUUUCAAUGUACUGUUGAACAAUGCUAGGAUAAUAUGUGAAAUAGCGAAUAGGCUCAAAGCAAUAAAUAAUCUAUUGACAAUUAA